CAACAGCUUAACACAACUUCCGGUUACGAAUAUAUUACACACAGUGAGUAUUAAGUCUGUCAGUGAAAUUUUUCUGUCACUAGUCAACAGAAAAAUACCAAUGUCCAGGGAACAUAUACCUUGAUCAGCUCGCGUUUGACAUUAUGUCCUCUACAGCUGCAUGAGAAUGGAACUUUCUGGAAAAAGCAUAAUUUCGAUUGUGUUUCUUGUGCUCAUAAACGAUGUAUUGUGCACUCAUUUUCGAGGCGGUACGUUUACAUACAAGCCAGUCAACCCAAGUGACCCUGCAAACACGACGGUGAUCAUAACAUUCCGGAUAGGUUGGCGAAGAUCGUACAGCUACAGCACGUUCUGUGACCAAAGCACUAUAAGCUCUGGACAACUGACUGGCAUAAAUGACUACUUAGAGUGCCAGGACCGUUGCUACGGAAACGUCGGGAGCUUGAAGUUCAGAUGCACGGAUUUUAGUACAAGUGAAGACUGGACAAUUGGUACCAACAGUUUUCAUUAUACCUUUCCAAUUCCUAGCAUAUCACCUCGCUACUAUCAAGUCAGCUACCAGGGCUCUAAUUGGAUUGCCUUGGUACAUGAGUCAGCAGCUCAAUGGCAACUGCGCAUGUACGUAAACCUCACCGUACGAAAUGACACCGGACUUAUGAAUACGUCCCCCGUAACGACAAUGACGCCGAUAGUACGUUUGAAAUUUGGCUGUAACCACACCAUUUUUAUCCCAGUGACUGACGACGACAACGAUGAGGUACGGUGCCGUUGGGCGAGGGGAUAUGACGACUGUGGACAUAUCUGUGGAGGCAAUGGAAUUCCAAACGCAUGGAUCUAUUUUCGCGAGUGUAAAAUCACAUACAGCGCAACAGAAUACACGGGCUUUUACGCUGCUGCUGUUAUGAUUGAAGACUUUGCUACGCCAACCGCCACACAGGCGUUGAGCAGCAUUCCGUUGCAGUUCUUGGUGUACGUUUUUACGUCAAAUGAGGCGUGUGACGAGCGCCCUGAGUUCACGGAAGAGACUCGGGCCGAAGGAUCAUGCAUUGGAAUUCCCCCAGGAGGAACAUACUUCGAUCGGAUCAUCGUGCGAGCUGGUGGACCAUCAAAAAGUAUCGUGGAGGUAACUACAAGCAGUCCCCCUGGAUUUAUUAAAUCGUCCGUGGCCCAGUAUGCGCCACAGGAAUAUUACGUCAAUGUCACGUGGACACCAACGACGUCACAGAUAGAGUCAAAAUUGUAUUGUUUCACAGGCCUGGAGAAUUCUGGGUAAGGGACGACUUGUGGUGAAAGCUGUGACUCAGUGUCUCUCACUCUUGAUUAACUCUGAAAAUAACAUUCAUGACUGGCGUGGUAUCAAGUUUUAGGGGGUACUAAGAAUUUACAGUCAACCCAAAUGAAGCGUACCCUUCAAGAUUACAUUAAUAAAUUGAUUAUUUGAAUAUUGAAACCGUUAGCUGUAUUCUUGGAACGAUUAGCGGGAUCAACUUCAAAUAAUAAAUUUAUUAACGUAUUCUUGAGGAGUACGUUUCACUUGGUUUUUAUUCAUGUUGAAAAAAUUGAAUAUUAUGGUAUCUUUCUAUAAUAGAAGAAGGAAAAUAUCGACUAUAAUAGUUACAUCAGUCACUUUAACUUCGUUUUUAACCCACAGUGAUAGUUAACUCGAUCGAUCGAUCGAUCAAUCGAUCAAUCAAUCAAUCAAUCAAUCCUUUAUUUUGAAAGGCAGGCUAUUGAUACAUACAGUUAUAAUUGCCAUUAUAACUACUAUAUAAGGCAGUCAAAGCUGAUGCAGACCUCUGCGAACUGCAGAUGAUACAUUGUAAAAGCAUAAUAAUUACAACAGUUAAUAGGCCUAAAACUUAAUACAUAUAA